AUGGGCGAUUUCCCACCGCCCGAGCGUACCAGCGUCAAGGCGUCCGAACUCGUCCAUCGUGCCGUGGAUAAGAGCUAUGAGGACUUCCGCACGCUCAUGCACCAGCUUCCCACGAUGCGCGAGGAGGAGCGUCGUGAGCCGCUGCUGUCGCAUUUACAAAGCUCCCGCAAGCGGUUUGCACAGCUGCUUGCCGUGCUCAAGUGGUCAGUGCAGUCACCACUGCUGCAGCAGUGCGACACGCUACUACAACAGACCGAGACGUACCGUAACAAUGUGAACGAGACCAACGACCGAUUAUUCUUUAUGCACGCGGAUCUUAACCGCGCCAAGGAGCGUCAGUACGACCUCAGUACAGCCGUAGACGUGCUCUAUGGAGGCAGCUAUCUGCGUCUCCCUACCAUCAUCAAGAACGCCAUGUUCCCGCGAGAGUUACCCGGAGUGGAUACAGAGCAGGCGGCUACAAAGGUGGCGGACAUCAUCCGCUUUCGUCUUAUUGAGGCGGAGAUCCCAGAGCAGUUUUCCAACAUUAAGCUGGAGGGAGGCUUCGUCACGUGCCAAGCAGAAGGCGAGUUUGAGAUUGUUCUAACCAUUCAGGGCAAGGAGAAGGACGCGAAGUGGAGAGUUAUCAGUGUGAACACGGCGCUUACAGAUGCGCAGGCGUUUGAGAACCAUUCGCAAGCAGCAUCAACUAGCGCGCUACGCAUUAUUCGAACGAAUGCACCAAACGCAGCGCACUACAAUCACUUGAAGAAUCUUGUGCAGCGAGCCAUGAACAAGUCGGAGAAACCGUUCGUGGAUGCAUUCAUGGUGAUGCGAGAGUUCUGUUCGUCCUUGGCACUGCAGAUCUUGGCGUCGCAGGGAAAAUUACUGAUGGAAGGCCGCUGGAAAAACCGCAUCAUGAUUAAACAUCUCCGAGACCAGAAUAUUUUGGAUAUCUGCUACUGGCCCAAGGCUUGUGUACGGAAGGAGGCGCAGGCGCUAACGGAGCAGCAGCGAUUGAUCCAACAAUUAAGUGACCCGGUAGCAACAGCUCGAAAAGGCUCCGCGCUGCCGUAUCCCGAGUCGAGUUUGUGUGUUCGACUGGGCUUCGACCCGAACAAGAAGAAGCUUCUCUCCGUUAGUCUUAGUCCGUCGCUUCCGCCGAAUCUUCCGGGGUAUGCAGCAUUACUGAACGCACUGGAGGUGCCGUCCAACAUGUUCCUGUUGAGUGCAGAGAACCUGCUGAUUGCGGCAAUGCGAGCUCACGUGUCCGCUGCUCUGUUCUCUAUAGGAAGACUGCUUGUAGUUGACUCUCCGGAUGAAAAGGCUUCCACGCAGCUGGUUUCUGGAGAAGAUGUGGCGAUGGUCUGCUCGGAUACGAGUUUACGGAUGGCACGCGCAGAUAUUGGAGGGCUGCAGCAGUUUCUAGAGGUGACAUUUGACAUCCGUGAGGGGCGAUUUAUUGUGAGCUCCGUCGCGGCGGCGAAACAUUCGGCGCUUUACAUCACGGUGAAGCAACUGGAACGGAUACUGAAUACGCAAUGCAAAAUUGAGCUUGGGGGAACUGUGGAUAAGUCGUUCCCGAAUGACUUUGCGCUGGUUUCUGGCGAUGGGAAAGGUGACAAGUCGAACGAGUUGAUUCACACGAGCGUGCGGAAGGCUUUGUGCGAGAUCGUGGCAGAUGAAGUGGCUCAAAUCGGGUCUUUUUUCAAAGGGAUUGAAGUUCUGCGUAGUGUUACCUUGAACUGGGAGCGGUAUCUCGCUUUCCGACAGCAGCAUGGCGGACAGACUGAAGACCUGUCGAUCUCAGAUACAGCGCUGUAUUUCCAGCUUACAUCCUCGAAGGAAUGUACGUGUUACAUGGUCAUCGAGAUCGACAAGUACAGCGAGGUGGAUGGCAUGAACGGAAAUGUGCAUGAAGCUGCAGAAGCGGAGGAAUACGUACGAUUACCAUGCUUCUCGCUACUGCAAACCAAUGCAGGCUUGCCGGGACAGCCGUCAGGUGUGCAGUUUAUCCAGCGAUUUGGUGCUUUCAAGAAGGAAGACUUGCAUCCAUCCGUCACUCGACACAACGAGAUUAUUGUAAAUGGCCUUCGUGGCAGUAGUCGAAAGCGUCCGCACAGUUCGAAUGGCAAUUCAACGGCUGGAAGAAACGGGAGGUCGACGAAAAAGGCGCUGCUGGAGAAUGGGCGAGUACAAGAAAGCACUGGCUACUGGCUGGAUGACGCCGAGCACCAAGCAGUCUCUCGCAUUUUUGUUCCGCACAUCGCGUCUGUGUUGCUGCAUGCGAUCAACAUGUGCAGCGAGAGAAUUCAGCUACAACACUUCGUUAACUUUGCUCGACGACGCAAAUCGAGGAUUCGUUACUCCGGUGAAGCUGGUACGGCGAACAGCGAGGGCACAGGCGGUCAGGUGGUCACGCUCUCGUUCCCUGAGAAGGUCAACACAGAUCCAUUGAAGAUCGUUGCUAUUCAAGGCCACUUAAAACAUGGUGGAGGGUUCGAGCUGUGUCUUCAACUGGCUUCGCCUCCUUUCACGUUCAUUCUGCCGAAGAAACCGAAAGACCAUUUGUUGUCGGAGCGUUCGCACUAUGUCAAUGAGCGAGGCCAGUUGAUUUUUAGAUACACUACGACGAUGGUUACGAGCGAGCUAUUCAGUGAAUCCCCACUGGAAAUGUUCAUGGUCGAGCUGAUCUGCGUCGUGAGACCUCUCUGUGAACUCGCUGUGAAGCUUGAGAAGAUGCUGACUGCUGUGGGGCGCUACACGAAUGACAUUAACGACGACGGUCACUUUUACGUGGAAAGCGCCGACCCGUUUGCCAUUGUCUUGGCCUGUCGAGCGCCCAAUCCGAGACACUGCAUUGCUGCUGGCUCAUCACCCGAUGGGCUGACGACGUAUCGUGUGACGGUGCAGUUCAAGCAGAAAAUGGGCUUCGUGGUAAACUACAGUCACAAAGGUGAGCAUCCCUUGAUGCAUUUCAUCCAGUCAGCACUAAAUGGACACGGCGACCCGGCACAAUUCAUCGAGGCUUUGGAACGCACAUGUGUCCCCAUGGGCAUAUUGGCGAGUGUUGUGGAGUCCCAGUUGCUGUGCGCCAAGUACUACCGUCAGGACCCUCCGCCCAACGCGAAAGAAGGCGCAGCAAAUGGAGGUCCCAAGGGCUUCGGUCGAGGUAAAUUGGGCGGGAAGGGGAUGAAGCUUGGCUACAAGUUUAAGCUUCCAGGAGAAGAGAAGGGAUAUUACGCUGAAAAGUCAAUUGGAGGAGAUGACAAGUCCUUCGUGCCUGCCGAACUGGUGAUGAUCCCGCGGUCGCAAACACAGGUCCGACUGUCGUAUGGAGACCGCUGCGCCGUAGAUAUUUAUUUCCUGGAGAAUCACUCGGUGAAAAUGCAGAGCUCGUCAGGAGGUGUUCGUGUUCCGAGCUGUCCGUCUGAGAAAGGCAUCGUCAUGGACUGUCAGAAUUUUGCUGAGAAGUUGCGCAGCACGUUGUCGGAGAUGGCAUCGGCUUAA